GUUCACUUAAUUCACUUGAAGGACAAAACUGACCCUUAGCCCUUCCAAGUCAAACUUCAGUUUUCCAUAUUUGUGGAGUAGGAGGAAGAACUUGAAUCAUAUCUGGAAGUGGACUAUUGUAAAACAAAAAAUAUGAUUCCCGGUAUUUUUCCAAGUCAGAGUCUUUACUGGGAGAUGGCAGGGACAUCUUCAUAUCUACAAAGACCCAAACCUCCAGGAUUUGGAAAUUCUGGGAAGAGUUUCCUUAUUGACAAUCUGUUGAAGAAUUGUGAUUUUCAGGGUCCUCUGUCUUCCUGGGUCCCAACAACUCCUCUGACAGUUAAAAUGGAUCCAACUGCGGAACAAAUUAGCCCCUCAGGAGGUCCAUAUAGUACAAGAUGGCUUUUUCAACUUGUUAACCCCUCCGACAGGCAGCAUGCCCAUUCACCAAAUACGGAAAUAAUGCCACAACUUCAGACAGGUCUGGCAAAACAUUUCUUCUGCAAGACUCCAGAUUUUUUCCUCACUUGCUGUGGUGGGUCUUGUCUUCCCCCUGCCCCCCCAGCUGCUUUUCCGAAAUGGGGGAACAGCAGUAUAGCUUUGUGGUCCCAAGACAUAAAUACAAAGUCACGAAGGGGAAUCUUAAGAAGAGCUGUUUUCACUGAAGAUCAGAGAAAACAACUAGAAAAAACAUUUGAGAAACAGAAGUAUAUCAGCAAAACGGACAGAAACAAACUUGCAACACACCUCGGACUCAAAGAAUCACAGGUUAAGAUCUGGUUCCAGAAUCGAAGGAUGAAGUGGAGAAAUUCAAAAGAAAAAGAAAUCUUCGGUCAUAAAUCAUGUGAAGAUGAAUCCCUGCUGGAGAGUUAUAUUCCCACAAAUGGACUCAGUGAAUGUACAAGUGUGUCAGACAAACAGGAGGAGAGGUUCAAGCAAACAUCAGCACACAACAAAUUUGGAGACAAGAGAGCAUCUGAGCAAAGACUUCAUAAAAAGAAUCCUAGUAUGAAGCUUGGAAAAUGUGAUGGAAUGGUAUUUAAUUCUUUAAUACAACACCAGAGCAUCCCAAAUGAAAUUAUUUAAGGACAUUAAAGACAUUAAUCCAAAAAAAGAGAACUUUCUCCGAAUUCUACAAAAAAAUUCCAGUGCUUAACAUUUCAGUGGUUGCUAUCCUCAGUUAAGACUAUAUUAUGUGGUUUUCAAACAAUAUCUAAAACUUCAAAUAAUAAAUUGCAUAUUUUUUCAAACUUUAAUAUAUUUAACAUAACUGUCUUUAAGAUAUUAAUGAUGCCUUGUGGGAAAAAGAAAUACUGCAUGUUUUUAACCAAGAAAUUCAUUAUUAUCCUAAGCGUGCCGUACAAAUGAGCUCAAAGUAUGGCGGAGCAGAGCAUGCCAACAUUCAGAAGUAGCAUUAAGCCCCAUGCCACUGAAACACUCCAAGUUACACGGACAGUUACGCAAAGCUUCUGUGAACAAAUCACUUUAAUUUUGAACUAAAUUUAUAUUCAGUUUAAUCUUCUCAUGUAAUAAUAUGUUUGAGUAUUGUUAUUAUUGUAAAUAAUUAAAAUAUAAUUCCUCAGACUAAAUACUUUUCAUUUGAACUUGUUUCAUUUAUAACUCUAUUGA